UAAAUAUAGUGCAUUUGUAGAUCUCUGGGGCGAAUGAAUCUCCUCUUUUGAGUGCAGUCAAGCAAAGGCGAAUAUGCUACCAGUCAAAAAUGAUUUCUAGGUUGACGUCUGAAGGGAUACCUGGCAAGGAGAGAAGAAGCUCAGCAGUUGUUCCGGCUCUGAAUGUGGAAAGCACCUCUGCCAUAAACUGCUAUUGGUAUUGAGAAAAAUAUGACACCGUGGCCAAUUUAGUGGAGCCUACCAUAAGCGGGGGGCAAGCUUCUCCGGCACAGACAAGCAGGAGCUUGCAGUCAGGUUCAGAACAGCAAGGGAAGAGAACCAGCAACUACACGGAGCUUGAAGCCUGACAAGACCUCGUCCUGCAGACAUUAAAGUCUGGCAUCAUGUUCCGCAAAAAGAAGAAGAAACGUCCCGAGAUCUCUGCGCCUCUGAAUUUCCAGCAUCGGGUGCAUACAUCAUUUGAUGCCAAAGAGGGCAAGUUUGUGGGGUUGCCACCACAAUGGCAGAAUAUCCUGGAUACGUUGAGGCGCCCCAAGCCUGUCGUAGAUCCUUCAAGGAUCACCCCAGUACAGCUGAAGCCUAUGAAAACGGUUGUGCGGGGCAGCACCAUUGGUUUGGAAGGUUACAUUUCCGGGUUAUUGCAUGAUAUCGAGAAGCUCUCGGUCAUCCGCUCCAACACCCUGAGGGGAAGCCCGUUGGCUAGAAGGAGAGCUCAGUCUUUGGGGGUUUUGGGAGAAGAGAAACCUUUGAAUGAACCAUUUCAGAUCCCAGAACAAAUCCCGUUGGAUAAAUAUGGGAACUAUAUUAAUUGCAAUGGAGGAUCAAAAUCAAACAGGAGGCAGACAAUGUGGCCCGACUAUAGACCGGUGGGGGAUAACUACUGCAAACCGAAUGGAUCUGUAUUUAAAGCAAAGUCUUUGGAUCCUGGUGAUUUUCAGGACACUGUGGACCAUAUGGCACUUUCCAUUCCGUCUCCCGCCAGCUUGCAGAAGGUCCACACUGCAUCAAGGAGCUUUGAUGAGGAAAUCUCCACAUCUAGACAGUUAUCCCAGGUAAUCCCAGUCUCCCCGCAGGAAGAGGGCACAGCGACAAAGACCAUAGAAAGCACGACAAAACAUAAACUGUUCCGCAGUGUGUUUGUACCCUCCAGCAGGGGGCAGAGUGUGGAGCUACUUGAUCCAACACAGCAGAUAAAGAAUGAGACCUUACAUGGUCCCUCUAAUGCUGCCUGUGGAGUCAUCACCAAAGCAAUUUCACUUCCUCCAAACCACUUAUCUCCAGACUUCACCAGAGUCAUUUCAGGGGCACCAUCUGACAACAUAUCUCCUCUGCGGCCCUGCAGGCCCUCCCCAGCAGGCUCGCCUCGCAGUCGCCCCAUCCAGACCAGCUCCACCAACCUUCACCUUUGCACAGACACCUUUGGCAAAACCCAGCUGGGGAACCAGGACUCACAGGUGGUAACACACGAACAGUUCAAAACAGCCCUCAGGAUGGUGGUGGAUCAAGGAGACCCCCGUCAGUUGCUGGAGGACUAUGUGAAGAUUGGAGAAGGAUCCACAGGAGUAGUUUGCAUUGCUCGAGAGAAGCACAGUGGGCGUCAGGUGGCAGUAAAAAUGAUGGACCUCAGAAAGCAGCAGCGGAGAGAACUUCUGUUUAAUGAGGUUGUUAUCAUGAGGGACUACCAACACCCCAGUGUAGUGGAGAUGUACAAGAGCUAUCUUGUUGGGGAGGAGCUCUGGGUUCUGAUGGAGUAUAUACAAGGUGGAGCUCUGACUGAUAUUGUAUCACAAACAAGGCUGAAUGAGGAGCAGAUUGCCACUGUUUGUAAGUCGGUAUUACAGGCUCUUGAGUAUCUACACUCCCAGGGGGUGAUUCACAGAGACAUUAAAAGUGAUUCUAUACUCCUUACACUGGAUGGACGGAUAAAGCUCUCCGACUUUGGGUUUUGUGCACAGAUCAGCAAAGAUGUCCCAAAGAGGAAAUCGCUAGUUGGUACCCCUUACUGGAUGGCACCAGAGGUCAUUACGAGGUGCUCCUAUGGUACUGAGGUGGAUAUCUGGUCACUUGGCAUCAUGGUGAUUGAGAUGGUGGACGGUGAACCCCCAUACUUUAGUGAUUCUCCUGUACAAGCCAUGAAAAGACUACGCGACAGCCCUCCUCCCAAACUGAAGAAUUCUCAUAAAGCCUCCCCCAUACUGAGGGAUUUCUUGGAGCGGAUGUUGGUUCGAGAUGCAGCUGAGAGAGCGACUGCCCAGGAGCUGCUGGACCACUUUUUUCUAUUGCAAGCUGGUCUGCCAGAAUGCUUGGUGCCCCUCAUUCAGCAAUACCGCAAAAGGAACUCUGCAUGCUAACUGGCGCCUCUGUGCAAGUGCCAGAAUCUGGACUGUGACUUCUUGGGGUUAAGGAUGCCCCACUGUGAUGGUACGGGCAAUAUAGCCACAUCUGGGGCAUCUAAAACCUGCAGAGAUGGCAUAUUGCUGCCCAAUGAUACACUGGUUUUCUGACAAGAAAUAAGCUACAUGGAAAAAAAAUUUGGACCAUUUUUCUGGUGUCUUUACUGUUAAACAGGGUCAGAUGUCAUUGUUUACACUACUGAGACCUUGGCUGUCAAAGGAGCAAGCAAUUCAUUGCAAUGGGGGGGGGCAUGGUAUUGCUCAAUUCUAUAGCAGCAAGGUAGUUAUUGUAUAUCUUCUAUUUUGUACACUGUAACAGAGAUUCUAAAGAAACACAGCAGAUGCACCUUAUUUUGUGUACAUUGCCAAACCAAUUUCCUUCAGGUACCUGGCUGCUAUUUUACAGAAGGCACUUCAAUGACUGUCCAGCAGAGGGUGCCGGUACCACAGAAAUAACUAUAUUUUGUGAUGUUCUCUUAAUUUUGUGUAGAUGGAAUCUAUAAGCAGUCUGGGACGAUAUGUGCUCCUCUCUAAAGCCAGGACUACGUAGUUAGAAAUCUAUGAACAGCUUAAUAAGGUGACAUUAGUGUUUAGACAUACAGAGGCCUCUCAAUAGCUGCAAUUCAGUUCAGAUCCACUUUAUAGGUAAUACACUGGGCUACAUUAAAGGAGAAGGAAAGGCACUCUUUACUUGGGGGUGCCAAAAGUUACGCACCCCCAGUGAUUAAAUAUACUUACCUGACACCCCUGGCCGGUGCUCCUAUCAGCAGAAAACUGCACUGGUUCGGGGGUUCUUCCAGCGAACGACAUGGAGUGAUCGGCUUCCAGCUUCUUCUUUCUUCUCGCGGGUGCACAUGCGCAGUACUCGAAAAGAUGAACUUUAACAAAGAAUUCAGCAUUAGAUAUUUCGUUGUACUGCGCAUGCAUCUGCCCAUGGGAAAUUUGAAGAAAGAAGAAGCCGGAAGAGGAUCGCUAUGUGGUGCUUGCUGGAAGAACCCCGAACCGGCACCGGCUCAGGGGGUCAGGUAAGUCAAUACAAUCACUUGGGGUGCCUAACUUUUGGCACCAAUUAAAUAUGCCUAUCCUUCUCCUUUAAGGGCUCUUACACAUGGGCGUUUUUUCACGUUUAACACUCAUUUAAAAGCAGGUUUGAGCUCAAAUAAACACAUUCACUAAUAGUUUCCAUUAUAUUCUACCAGGCUGUACUUGUAAGGGUUCUGAGUUGCCUUUUAUUGUGUUUGUUUAGGCAAAGCAUGUUGCAUUUUCUUGCGCUUGAAUCACAUUCCGCUAUCAAUAGAACAGAGUUGUGUUUGCAAAAGAAAAAAAACACACUUAGUUGCGCAAAAAAACAUUUUUAAACGUAAUAUAUGCGUGUUUUCGUGCUCAGCGUGUGUUUAAAAAAACGCCCGUGUGUAAGAGCCCUAAUGGUUUACAGAAAUAUGCUUACAGCAGCAUCUUAAUGUGCAAGGCACUGCAGUAACCUCAGCUUUCCUAAGCUUUUUUUAGUAGUUACCACAACUUUAUACAAUAUCCCCUAAAUCCCACCUAUCAUGGUGCUGAAGCUGCAGACAUGCAGUUAGCAUAAUGUUUGCACUUUUAUUCCUACAACUUUGUUCUCAUUCUCUAUAGCAGUGAUCCCCAACCAGUUACUCAUGAACAACGUGUUGCUCACUAACCCCUUGGCUAUUACUCCCAGUGACCUCAAAGCUGGUGCUUCUUUUUGAAUUCCAGGCUUGUUGGCAAGUUUUGGUUGCCUAAAAAGCAUGUGAAGUGCCAAACAGAGCCUCCUGUAGGCUGCCAGUCCACAUAGAGACAACCAAAUAGCCAAUCAUAACCCUUAUUUGGUAUUCCCCAACUCUUUUUACAUUUUUUAAUGUAACUCACGGGUAAAAAAAGUUUGGGAACCUUCUGUCUAAAUGGUAACAUUAAAUGCCUUGGAGGGGGAUCAAUAUUUCCCUAAUGAGGAGGGGUUAGUUGACAUCUCUGGGUGCCUUUUUUUGUUCCCAGGGCCUCAGUACAGCUGCAACCCCUGUAUCAUCUUAUUAUUGGCACAUAGUUUCAUGUUGUACCUCUGCAUCUUCGGACCAUGCUGUUGGCUGCCCCUCAUUCUAGAAUAAGCUCUUCUUUCCUUAAAAUGUUUCAUGUUUUAAUCCUGCAAUGAUUUAAAUAUACUUUUAAAGUGUUCCUUCUGCUUCAGGAAUUAGCGGAUAAAUUCUUCCCAGUCUGACCCAUUUUUUAUUCAUUUGAUAAGUUCCAAAAGACGUACUGCAUGUGCCAGUUAUUGUUGCUUUAAUUCAGGAAUGUCUCAGCCGAUGCCCUUGACUUCAGCACAUUAAGGGCUGCAGGCUGAACCCCCCUGGUAUUAGCUGAUAGCUUGUCCCUUGCAACUCUAAUAUGAGUUUAGGCAGAAAUCAGGGGGGCUUGUGUGUAGCUGCUGUGAGACGGAACCCGCUUGUAUGUGAAUGCCAAGCACUUUGAAGAGAAAUGUUCUAAUAAAAGAGCUUUGAUAACUGGA